CCCCGAGAAGGCGCUCGGUAAUUAACAAACCAGCAAAGGAACUAUUACCCCACAUUCGCUCUGGUCCAAUUGUCCCCGCCUCAACCUCUGAACUUGGACCUGGGAUUCAUUCAAAGACCCAAAACUUCGUUUCCCGUUACCUGCUGAAAAGUCAAUAGAGAUUGGCCGACAAGCCCCAGCAGCACAACCAGCGCUCUGCUCGUGCCAUGGCCAACUUUCGCAGGUUCAGGCCUGAGGACCUGAACAAGCUGUCGAAAUGCAACCUCGAUCCCUUCACCGAGACGUAUGAUCUCGGCUUCUACCUGCAGUACUACGCGAAAUGGCCGUCCCUGUUCCAGGUCGCCGAGGACCAGCACGGCAACAUCAUAGGCUACAUCAUGGGCAAGCUCGAGUCGUCGCCCGACGUGUACCGCUUCUCGGAGCACUACCUGCCCUGGCACGCCCACAUCACGGCCGUCACCGUGGCCCCGGAAGCCCGCCGCCUCGGCAUUGGGAGGCUGCUGACUGAGCAGCUCGAGAUGGCCGCCGACGCCAACGACGCCUGGUUCGUCGACCUGUUUGUGCGCGUCAGCAACCACAAGGCCAUCGCCUUCUACAAGAGCAUGGGCUACAGCGUCUACCGCGUCGUCAAGGACUACUACGGCGAGCACUCGUCCGACCCGACCCUGUCGAGCGAGGAUGCCUACGACAUGCGCAAGCCCAUGAAGAGGGACGUCAAGCGGCAGCAUGUGAGGGACGACGGCGAGAAGCAUGAGGUCAACCCCAGCGACGUGUGGUGAACAAAGGUGCCCGAACCACGGCGAUAUGCCGCCACCGCCUCUGCCGCCGCCGCCGUUGGGACAACCCCCCAGCUGGGGAUUCCUGAUUGGGACACUCUCAUGACGUGUUGUUCGAGCCUCGAUCACCGGCGUCGGGAAGGUCAACGGCAUCUCGCGUGCCGUGUUGGGGCGAUUGUGUCAACGUCCAACAGCUGGCUUCUCCCCCUGAAUAGCUCGGCUCCCCCGAUGCUGUUGCCUUUCUGCGCCCCUCAUUGCUGAGAUGGAAAUGAAGCGCCUCCGUGCCGGACCGCAGGAAACCGCGUCCAUCUGGCUCCGAGAGAAUAUAGAAGGUUUGUGCCUUUAAUGCCCGGCGCCCAAGAUGCAGCUCCCAAGAUUCGAUGGUGCCACGGCCAAACGUACAAUGAGUUUUGGUUCCCUCUGUGAGGCCGAAUCCACAUUCCAAAGUCCUGGAUAAGCUUGUUUUGUGCACAUCAUUCACCUUCUGUCUCCGUUCUCCCUGUUUCCGGACUGAC